CCCACUCUGAGCAAACCAACUGAUGUGUUGAUAUGGAACGCUACUUCUGCCAUCCAAAAGGCGACCUCCAGCCAGCUACAACAACAUUGCCCUCUGAAGGUCACCAGAAAGUACUGGGCACAUGACUGCAAAGCAUGGUGACAAUAUCAAGCCUUGGUGUGCAUGCUGGGAAUCAGAGCGGAGCUCAUCAGCGGACGGGUUGUCUCUUCCUUUGGAUUUUACUUUGGAUUUCUUUGGAAGUCCUUCAGAACCUCCCAGUAAACGGAAUCAGCAAACAUGGACAGAAAACACGCAGCAAGGACUUUGUUGGUGUCUGUCCUGGUUUUCCUGGGUGUGGCAAAAUACGCCGACUCUUUGACCGAUUUAGAAAACAUUGCCGGGAAACUGGUUUUCUAUCAAAAGGACGGCAACGCCACCUAUGUGAGAAACACAGGAGAGCUGGCUUCCGAUAUUCCCACCGAGACCAUGUUUGAACUUCAUGACCCACGGCAGAAUUUCAGCACGGCAAAGUUCAGCUACACGUGGGAUUUAGGAAAUGGAGAGGUGAUCCGAGGGAAUGAGCCCGUUGUCCGAUACCACUAUGCCUCAUCUGGAAACUACACACUCCGCCUUAAAAUAGGAGUCAAUAUGACUAAAUUGACUCCGACUAUGACUGGAGUCUACACCAAGGACAUUCAAGUGCUGGACGCCAUCAAAAGCAUCGAGCUAAAGGGACCCUCCGAUUACGAGGUGUCUCAAACCACCGGUCUGGCUUUCCACGUGGAUGGGAGUCCUCCCAUGUGGGUGUGUUGGCGUUUCCUUCCCGACUGCGUGCCCGACACGACGGGCGGCUGCACGCUGACCAUGCUGUAUGAGAACACCUUGUGGCUCAACCACACCUUCACUUCGGCCGGGUUUCACUGCCUGGACAUCAGCGUCCGCAAUGACAUCAGCAAGCUGCAGACCUCCUUCAGUCUCUUUGUCAGGAAAAACAACAACAGCAACUUGCUCUUCAUCUUGUCUUGCGCUGCCGUUCUUGUGGCGACCUUUUCUUUCAUCGCAAUCAUCGCCUGCCGCCCUCGACGUCACAGAUCUCAGAUUGCAUCUUCCAGCAAUGCUUUGUUCCUGAAGAGUCAGGAGCCUGCCAGCCACAGCAGAAUCAUAUUUAACAUGCCCAGCGUUCACAAAGAGGAGAAAGAAGCGCUUGUGUUACAGUAUGGAACUUAUUAAUACUCAUAAACAUAAUGAUUUAUGAGGGUGACGGACGUUUCUUCACAUUUCUUUGUGACCUAAAUGUACGUAGCAGUACGUUGUUGUUCACAUAUAAAGCAUGUAUUCCUGCUAUGUACUCCAUGCUGUUUGAAUGUAUCAUUUAUUUCCACGUUCACCAAGCUGGGGGGUCAUAUACAUUCUGUAGCUUCCACGUGUGGCGACGAUCAAUUUGUGCCCCCCGGUGUUUGCCUCAUAUAUUAUUAACUUCA